CUGCAUCUCCAUGUAGAAAAAAUGGUUCAAUUUCAAGGUCAUGAUACGGAAGAGGCGGUGGAAUCCAUGGCCGAAAAUGCGGAGAAAAAAUUUAAAUUCUGCGUCAACGAUAACAUCGACGUCCUGAUCGAAAUACUGAAGAGAUUGGACGGCCGUUCUCUCGCCGUCGCCGCCUGCGUUUGCCAGCUAUGGUGUGCCAUAUCCCGGAACGAUUCCCUCUGGGAGCACCUCUGCUUCUUCCAAGCCUCGCCUCCCACGGCGGCGGAGAAGACGGUGGUGGCGGCGCUCGGCGGGUACAAGAGGCUGUACAUGGUUUGUGUCAGACCGGUGAUGAAUACGCUGAAGAGGUUCAAGAGGGUGAGAGGAAGAUGCGGCGGCGCCGGCGCCGGCGGUGAGUUGGAGCUGGUUAGGCGAGUCUGGACUCGGCGCGAGGUGGAGCUGGCCUUGUCUUUGUUUUGUGUGGAUUAUUACGAGAGAGUGCUGAUCAGCGGCGGCGGCGGCGGCGGUGGCGGAGGUGAAUCGUCGGCGCUGUCGCUCAUGUUUCUUUGCAAAGCCCUGAAUGCUUGAUCGUAAUAAUUUUUCUGAGUGACCGGAGAAAAUUCACUGCAUGGACGGACGAUAACUGGGGGUAUUUUCCACGGUUAUUUCCUUUUCUUUUUCUUUUUAAUAAUUUAUUUAUACGUUAUGAAAACUAAUUAAGAGGGAAUAAGAAAUUUAUUUGUUUUUAGAAUACAAGUUACAUUAUUUUUUUUUCUUUUUCUUUUUUAUGUUGCCAAUUUGUUCAGGAGGCUGAAUCAAUACCAGCUACUACUUAUUAUUCAAUUUAUUCUUUCAUUUAAUUUUAAUUAAGGAGCUCCUUUCUUUUUCUCUCUUCUUUUUGUUUUUUUCCCCUUACAUGCAUUAAGUCAUUGUUGCAACCAAACUUUUUUUAAAAAAAGUGAA